GGGAUAUUCUAUCAAUGGUUGAAACUUGAAAUAUUGAAAUCGAAAGCAAAUUUGUAUUUUUUUUCCCUUUCGAAUUUAAGAAGGUAAAAAGAGAAGAGGGGGGAAGGCUAACUCAAGAUGCGAUCUUUUAUUUGAUCCUGGGAGUGUGGUAAAAUCUAGGUCGUUAUUGAUUAUCUGACACUGAAAAACUCAAAAAAGAAGGAAAUGGACGGAGGCGAUGAGGUGCUGACAGCUCCGGCGGGGCCGCCACAACCUUUGGAGUGGAAAUUCUCCCAGGUAUUUGGUGAACGAACGGCUGGAGAAGAAGUUCAAGAAGUUGAUAUUAUCUCAGCAAUUGAAUUUGAUAAAACUGGGGAUCACCUUGCCACUGGUGACCGUGGGGGCCGGGUUGUUCUCUUUGAGAGGACGGAUACAAAGGAUCAUGCGCCAAGAAGGUAUUUGGAGAGAAUGGACUAUCCAAUUAAUCGGCACCCUGAGUUUCGUUACAAGACGGAGUUCCAAAGCCAUGAGCCUGAGUUUGACUAUCUCAAGAGCUUGGAAAUAGAGGAAAAAAUUAACAAAAUCAGAUGGUGCCAAACAGCCAAUGGUGCGCUAUUUCUGCUUUCUACCAAUGAUAAAGCAAUCAAAUUUUGGAAGGUCCAAGAAAAGAAGCUCAAGAAGGUUUCUGAAAUGAAUUUGGACCCCCAAAAAACUGUAGGAAAUGGAAACAUGGCUUGUUCAAGUAAUUCAAAUAGCCCCAUCCCUUUUCUUGCAAAUGGAGGCUCCCCUGACAAAUCCUACAACUAUUUGGAAAAUGAUUUUUCUUUCCCACCCGGAGGCCUGCCAUCAUUGCGUUUACCUGUGGUAGUAACAAGUCAGGAGACCAACCUAGUAGCUAGAUGUCGAAAAGUAUAUGCCCAUGCUCAUGAUUAUCACAUCAAUUCUAUUUCAAAUAACAGUGAUGGUGAAACCUUUAUAUCUGCUGAUGAUCUGCGUAUAAAUCUUUGGAACUUGGAAAUCAGCGAUCAAAGUUUCAAUAUUGUUGACGUAAAGCCUGCAAACAUGGAGGAUCUAACUGAGGUUAUAACAUCGGCAGAGUUCCACCCUACCCAUUGUAAUAUGUUAGCAUAUAGUAGUUCAAAAGGUUCAAUUCGCCUCAUUGAUUUGCGUCAAUCAGCUUUGUGUGAUUCUCAUGCCAAAUUACUUGAAGAACCAGAGUCACCUGGUUCUAGAUCAUUUUUUACAGAGAUAAUCGCCUCAAUCUCAGAUAUUAAAUUUGCAAAAGACGGAAGAUAUAUACUUAGCCGUGAUUACAUGACUCUUAAGCUUUGGGACAUCAAUAUGGAUUCAGGUCCAAUUGCAACGUUCCAGGUUCAUGAAUAUUUGAGACCUAAGCUGUGUGAUUUGUAUGAAAAUGAUUCAAUCUUUGACAAAUUUGAGUGUUGCCUAAGUGGAGAUGGAUUGCGAGUGGCAACAGGUUCUUACAGCAAUCUAUUCCGUGUGUUCGGUUGUGCCCCUGGAAGCACAGAGGCAACAACUUUGGAAGCCAGCAAAAAUCCAAUGAGGAGACAGAUUCAGACUCCCUCAAGGCCUUCCAGAUCCCUAAGCAGUAUAACACGAGUUGUCAGACGAGGAGCUGAAACCUCGGGAAUUGAUGCAAAUGGAAAUGCUUUCGAUUUCACAACAAAGUUGUUGCACCUAAAGUGGCACCCGACCGAAAACUCAAUUGCCUGUGCUGCUGCAAACAGCUUGUACAUGUACUAUGCAUAACUAUGGUAUAAGAAACGUUUUUGCUUGGUUUAACUUUUUUUGGGUUGCUGAUGGCAAAAGCUCCUUUUUCUUUCCCCCCAAACACCGGUAAGUUAAAGGUUACA